AACAGCUCGUGCAGUUGUUAUUUAGGAUGUGUUCCAGCAUGAAGUUAGCGUAAAAACACUGUUGGAGUACAGAGAGCGCUCGAGCGCCACGGAUGGAGCAGCGGCGAGUGAGCGCCCAGCAGCAGAAAGGUCCCGCUCCAGCUGACAUUUUCUACCCCAAAACAGCACCAGGGAACAGUGAAAUUAACCGCAGAAAUGCCGGGGAUGAUGGACAAAGGCUCGGAGUAUUUAGGAAAAGGUCGUUCAAAUGGCACAAAGAGUCCGUCCAAUGCCUCUAACGGACAUUUUUCCGACGAAAGCGGCAGCGACGACGAACACGAUGUUGGGAUGCGGGUCGGGGCUGACUAUCAGGCGAACAUUCCUGAAUUUGAUCCCGGUUCAACCAAGUACACAGAUAAAGACAGUGGAGGGAUGCUGGUCUGGUCUCCCUAUCACACCAUAGUUGACUCCAAACUGGAUGAAUACAUCGCCAUUGCCAAGGAAAAACAUGGAUACAACGUGGAACAGGCUCUUGGCAUGCUCUUUUGGCACAAACACAACAUUGAGAAGUCUCUGGCCGACCUGCCCAACUUCACCCCAUUCCCAGACGAGUGGACGGUGGAGGACAAGGUGCUGUUUGAACAGGCCUUCAGCUUCCAUGGCAAGAGCUUCCACCGCAUCCAGCAGAUGUUGUGUUACUUUUUGGAUUUGAAAAUCAGAAGAUUAUUUACAACCCAAUUAGAAAAUAGAGUCCCAACAUUUUCUGGAGUUGAGUUACCAGAUAAAUCCAUCUCCAGUCUGGUGAAGUACUACUACUCGUGGAAGAAGACUCGCUCCAGAACGAGUCUGAUGGACAGACAAGCUCGCAAACUGGCCAACAGGAGCAAUCAGGACGACAGUGACGAAGAAAUGGAGGAUGCUAAUCCUGUCGAAGCAAACGACAGCGACUAUGAUCCCAGCAAGGAGGCCAAGAAAGAGAACCAACCCGAGCCAGCCAUGCUGGGCUCCAAGGUGGCUUUAGGUCGGCGGGAACACCAGACCCUGCAACACCGACACCACCAGCGCUCCCGCUGCCGUCCACCCAAAGGCAUGUACCUGACUCAGGAGGACGUGGUGGCCGUGUCCUGCAGUGCCUCUGCCGCCAGCACACUCCUCCGUCAGCUGGACAUGGAGCUGGUGUCCCUCAAGAGACAGGUCCAGAACGCCAAACAGAUGAACAGUGGAAUGAAACACAUGUUGGAGGCCGGCAUUGAAGAGUUUCUGCUCCCUGAGUCAAACCAGAAGGUGAACGCUCGCUGGACUACAGAUGAGCAGCUACUUGCUGUGCAAGGUGUCCGAAAAUACGGAAAAGACUUCCAGGCCAUCGCUGACGUCAUCGGCAACAAGACGGUCGGACAGGUGAAGAACUUCUUCGUGAAUUAUCGUCGGCGAUUUAACCUGGAGGAGGUGCUGCAAGAGUGGGAGGCAGAGAAGGGAACCCAAGCUCCCAACGGAGACAGUGCCACCUCUGGAGAGGAGGGCAAGAACAGCUCCACCACUCCGUCAGGGAAGAGCACCGACGAGGAGGAUGAGGAGGGUCAGGUGACCUCUUCAGGUGCGUCCCCUGCUGCCUCCUCUUCUUCAGCUCAGACUCCUGUGACGUCCAGUGCCUCGUCCUCCUCCCUCCACCAGCCUCCUCCCCUCCUGAGGCCCUCUCUGCCAGCCACGCCCUCCUUGCACCGCCAGCCCCCACCCCUCCAACAGCAGGCUCGCUUCCUGCAGCCUCGUCCCAACCUGCAGCAGCCCCCACCUCUCAUCCGCCCCUCCAACCCCAUGCCACCCCGCCUCAACCCGCGCCCUGCUCCCGUGAACCUCGGAGGUAACCCUGUGGGGUCGGGUCCGAGCUCAGCUCAGCAGCCCUCUGGCCUGGCGGUCCAUCAGUCGGACACAGCCUCCUCUUCCUCCCUCCAUUAACUAACGUCAGACUGACUUUCUGUUUCACAACCAGGAGUGUGAAGUCAUUUCGUUUCAAUGUAAAGCUGUUGGUGAGGCUUCUACUUUCAGGUCUUGUGGGGAAGAUCAUCUUCACCACUCUUACACAAAGUGGUAGUUUUAGUAUUUGGUGAAUAAUGUGCUGUGGGCUGGAGUCUGUCUCACCCUUAGGAAACCUGCUUUUAAAGUCAACUUUUGGAUUUUAAAAGUACAACUCAUUUGGUCUCCAGAUGUCUGUAGCAGAUCAUUAAAUCUGAGCCUCGUUGUCAAGAACUUCUCACAUGUGGCUCCUCCAGGUUUUAUUCCUGUGUCCCUGUUCAUCCACAGACUUUCUGUAAAAGAUGGAUGCAGUCAUCCGUUGUGCAGCAUGGAACAAAAUCCGAGAUCAAUGACAGAAAAAUAUAACCAACACUAAAAAACUAAAAACCUAGUAUAUGCUGGCCGUGGAUCCACAUAGAUGGCUGCAGCUAUAUUUGUGCCAUCAUUUUUACUACAGUGUCUCUGAAUGGACAAACAACUUGGUGUGAGAAGAUUAUAAACUGCAGUACCAGCUUUGUCUGAUAGGCGAUAGAGCACUAUUUGGGAUAAGUAAUGCUAUAAAAGGACCAUAGAAGAAGAGAGUACACAUGUACACAAUGUUGAAGUAGUUACCUGUGGUGCAGUCAUCGCUGCACCUGAGGCCACUGAAUCCACUCACAGAUGAAAACAUGUUUGUCUGGAAGAAUUUUGGCCACUGACGGCCACCGUCCAUCAAAUGCUAUACCCAUCUUUUCCAUUAGAUGGCAGUAAUUUUUACACACUGGAUGAUUGAAGUGCACCACAACUUGUCCACAUGGUUUCCUACAUCUUUAUGUGGAUUGAUCAGCUAGUCAGGUUCAGUCCUGAUCCGUGUGCUGGUGAUAAAUUUGAACUCCAUUUUUAUACAAUCAAGUUGCAAGUAUCACCCCGAAACGCCACCCUCUUGUCCUAAUAUGGUCAUUUUUUGUUCUUAAAAGACCACGAGGAGGACAUCCAAUUAUCAGAGUGGAAGCUUAAAAAAGGCAGCUCAGUUGGUGAUGUCACAACGGGCACGUCCAUGUCUUAUAGAAAGUCUGUUUGUCUCGUUACUCUGGACCUCACCAUGUUCACCAACAGAUCUGACUCAUCUGUACUUCCUGAACAUUUUAAGACAUUUCAUGAGUCUCGUGUACGUAGACAAAGAUUUGAGGCGAAGCUUUGAGCUUGUAUGCUAACAUCAGCAUGCUAACAUUAGCAUAAUGACAAUGCUAUAUUAGUUUAUUAGUGUGUGUUAUUCACCAUGUUCACCAUCUUCAUUUAGUGUGUUAGCAUGCUAACAUAGAUGGCAGCACAUGAACAAGUCUGAAAAAUCUCUGAAACCUUUAAAUUCAUCCCAUCCAAGCCGAAACGUUUUCUGUCUGGACUAAACUGAAAGCCAACGUUCCAAAACUGUGAUCCGUGUCAGGGUUCACUUUUUUUUAACCUGCUGACAGGAUAAACCUUUUAGAUUUGAAUGAGUUCAGCAGAUUUUUCUUCAGGAUGAAGUUAGGACUUGGCUCAGUCUUGUUUGUUCAUGUUGUGGUGAAAAUGUAAUGAACACUGCAGCUUUUAUGGGAUGUUAGUAUGACUGUAAACUGUUACAGUCAUAAUAUGUUAUGUUAUGUUGUUAUGUGUCCAGAAGAUCCUUCUCACAACUUCCUGUGUUUCCCCUUUACAGACAUCUUUCAGACCAAACUCUUAAGUACCUUCUGACUGUCUCACUCUGAGUUCUCUCAAAUUGUACAUUUAAAAACAAAAAACACUCACUAAUGUGUAUUUUCUGAGGUAUUUUCUGCAGGUUUUAAAGAACAAACAGGAAAACUUUGCCUGUAGUUUGCUCCAGCUGCUGCGCUCUCAGUAUUUUUGCCAGCAGCUGAAUCUGAGUGUUCGUGAUAACUCAGACUACACGGGGGAUUUAUAGGGAGGAACGUGCAGAACGUCACCAGUGUCAUGUUUUAACACGCUUAUUACAACGCUGCUUUCCCGUCUCCAUGGUAACCAGACGUGCAUAGCUUCUCCAACGGGCAGGAUGAUUAUCAAACUGAAGCAGAAUUACACAUCAGCAUUAGAAUCUGUAACCUCGUCAAUCCAGACCGGUCAACACUAACCGUUUAACCGAACCAAACUAUUGUAAUGUUUUAGUUGUUGAGCUUUUUGUUUUCCGUCGUCAUUUCAUGGUCCUGGACUCAUCGUGUGCCGUUAGCUGUCCGUUAUUUAUUCUCCUCUUUACUUACACCUUACUGGUGCUACCAGUUUAAACUUUGUGUUUAAAAAUCCUUUUGAAAGUGCUCUUAAUACUUUUUUGGACAAACAUAUAAGAGUGUUUGAUGUAACUGGAAUCAUACGUACAUGGUGUCUUUUGAGUUUCAGUAGAACUGAUGUAAAGAUUAAGCUGCUACAGUGUUUUGACUGUUCUCAUUAAAAACUCCAUUUC